AUGAUUUGUGAGGUGAUCGGUGGAAUCCUUGCUGGUUCUCUCGCAAUUGUUACCGAUGCCGCACACUUGCUCACCGAUUUCGCAUCGGUUCUGAUAUCUCUUUUCUCUCUAUACAUUGCGCGGCGUCCGCCAUCACAAACAAUGAGCUUUGGUUUUCAUCGAGCAGAAGUACUCGGCGCAUUUUUCUCCGUGUUUCUUAUAUGGAUUGUGACUGGCGUGCUCGUUGUGCUCGCGAUAAUGAGAAUCGUUGAUGGAGACUAUGAAGUCCAAGGAGGGAUUAUGGCAAUAACUGCGGGGCUUGGAGUAAUUGUGAAUCUCAUAAUGCUUGCGCUUCUCUACUUUGGCGGCCAUUCGCAUUCACACGGUGGGGGUUCUUCUCACGGGCAUGCUCAUGAUGGAAAGAACAUCAAUGUUCGUGCUGCGUUCGUGCACAUUCUUGGCGAUUUGCUGCAAAGUUUGGGUGUUUUAAUCGCGGCGCUUUUCAUCUAUUUUAAGCCAAGUUGGGUUAUAAUUGAUCCCAUCUGCACCCUUUUAUUUUCGGUUAUCGUUUUAUGCACCACAAUUUACAUUUUACGUGACGCUAUUAUUGUGCUACUUGAAGGAAGACCAAAUAGCAUAGACUUUUCCAAAGUUUUUGCAUCUCUAGCCGAUAUUGACGGAGUCAAGAAAGUUCACGAUUUACGGAUUUGGUGUUUAACAAUGGAUAAAAUCGCGUUGAGUGUUCACUUAGAAGUCGACAGUGAUUCAAAAUCACAAGAAGUGUUGCGAAAAGCAAGAUCAAUGUUGAAAUUGACGUAUAAUGUUCACGAGAUAACUGUACAAAUAGAGGAAUAUCGUGAAAAUGAUUGCGGAAAAUGCGAUGUUCCAACAAAAUAG